GAGAAACGAAACGUUUAUACAAAUGGCUUGAAAAAUGCAAGACGCAUCUUUACGUUUUCAAUUUGUUUAAUACUUUUGCUGCUGAAUUGAGAGAAGUUUUAUUUCAUCAGCUAUAAAAAUAACCACCGUGAACAAUUCGUGCUUCAGUGAAUGUGCCUUUUUUAAGAUAUUAUAAAGUUUCGCGCUUACUUUCAUUUUCGUGUCGUUACGAAAUACUUUUAUCAAAAUGACUUCAGCGCUGUAUUUAGAGCAUUAUCUAGACAGUCUCCAGCAUCUGCCGAUCGAGUUGCAAAGGAACUUCAAGUUAAUGCGAGAUUUGGAUGAUCGAGCUCACGGACUAAUGAGGACAAUCGAUCUCAUGGCCGAUGAGUUGUUGCCGAAUAUCCCUAAAAUGGACGAGGAAACGAAGAAGGAGAAGGUGAACACUAUUCAAGGGCUAUUUAAUAAGGCCAAGGAAUACGGUGAUGACAAAGUCCAACUGGCAAUUCAAACAUAUGAGCUGGUAGACAAGCACAUACGGCGCCUGGAUUCAGACCUCGCGCGCUUCGAGUCCGAGAUCCAAGAGAAAGUGAUGACCGCUCGUGCAGCCCAGCAGGCCGCCGCCGACCAGGAGCCGAAUACCACAACGGUGAAGAAAGGUAGGAAGAAGCAUAAGGGCAAUGAAAAGACUGCGACCACUGGCAAAAAGAAACGCGCUGGUGCGUCCAGUGAAGAUGAUGCAGCUGCGUCGGGUAGGCCCGCAGCCAAGAAGAAGACUCCCCGUAAGGGUGCUGCAGCCAUAGCUAACGCUGUCAAAGAACAAGAUGAGAAUGCAGAUUUAGACUCAGUUGCGGGCAUGGCUCAUCCUAGUGAUGUGUUGGAUAUGCCUGUAGACCCCAACGAGCCCACAUAUUGCCUUUGCCACCAAGUAUCUUAUGGUGAAAUGAUUGGUUGUGACAACCCAGAUUGUCCCAUAGAGUGGUUCCACUUUGCUUGUGUAGAUCUCAAGAUCAAACCCAAAGGUAAAUGGUAUUGCCCUAAGUGCACUCAAGAUAGAAAGAAGAAAUGAUCCACAGUGAAACCGCCUGCUAAGCCAGCAGAUAAGACUUUGACUGUGAAGAAAGAAGUGAAAUGAAUUCCUAAAUUAUAUUUAUAAACAAUAAAUACCAAAAUUAGGUACGGAUUACUGUGUUGAUAUGUCAUCACAAUUAAUACAGUACAUUUGUACAUUCUACAUUGACUCAUUUGUAUUUUUCCUACAUAAAAUUUAAGCAAACUGUCAUGGAGAGAUUCUUCAUGCUGAUGGAGACAUUACAUUUGAAUUACCUUGUUUUAAAUGUAGCAUGUGUACAUUAAUUUGACAAAUGUGAUGAUAUUGAUAUUAAAAUAAUAAUUUAUGUAUACUUUGUAUCCCAAAUUAUGUGCCUCAGUACUUUACAUAGUGUUGGUACCUAUUGUUUGCAACGUUUGGUACCGUUUUGUUGUAAAGAUGUAGUGCCAGUUCCAACUAAGAAAUGUCUUCAUUCAUUGUUACAUAUAGUUACAGAAUAGUUCAAUAUUUAAAAGCUAGAUAUAGCCAGGAAGUCAGAAUGACUGUUUGUUGGCAAAGCAUCUGAAGGAUCAUAAAUCAAACUUAUUUAACAUCUUGUUGUGGCUUAAUAUGAAAUAUAAAUACUACAUUUAUAUGCUUUGUCAGAUAAAGUUAAGAGUAGCAUAUUUAUAUUGUUUAAUAUAUUUUAUAGUUAAUAAAUUAAAACUCCAGAUUUUUACUUCCUAUAGAAAUUAAGAGGUUAAAGUCUAGAUAUAAUAAUAUAUAUUGCUAGUUAAUACUAUGAACUGCUUUACAAAUAAGAAUUUCAUUUUAUGAAUGACUGUAUUUUAACUUGUAUGAGAAAUAUCCUUUGUCCAGAUUUGGCUGAAACAAACGAUUAAAAUAUUAUAAAUAUCUGUAUAUUAAAUAGGAUUUAUUGUUCUGUUUGGGCAUAGUCAAACAUGUGAUUUGUGAAUGAUAUACCACAUAACAAACUUUACAUCUGCCUAAUAUGUUUAUUAUUUUAGAUUAUAGACAAUACUAAAUUAUGUACUUUCUUUGACAUUAAUAAAUAAUUAAUUCAGACUGCAAUUUGUCAAUUUAUGGGUAUGAUUCUGUGAUGUGAACUAUCUAAAGUGACUGACUUUAGUCUCUUUACAUUCAUCUUAUCCUAUUCCUAUAUUCAUAGGAAAUUUGUGGAUUUUUAUUACUACAAAGAACCCAUCUGACAGAGAUAGGGAACCAUCCCGGAAUGAAACCUUUUUGUGGACAAGUAUUAAAAUAAGUUAUGACCAAAUACUGGAAUGAACUUCAAGUUUCAGUGAAGUUCUUAGCUCAUAUAAGAAGCAUUUUAGUCAUUCAUCAUAAAUUAUCCUUUAGUGAUGUUAACUCUAAAUGUUUCAGUAUGUCAAUUUCCCAAGAGAUUUUGAAUGAAUGCUGUGACUGGGACUUUUAGGUAAAAUCUUGAAUUAAUUUGAUAAAUAUAAAGUUAAAAAAAUAAUAUAUAAAAACUAUGUAAUAACAAUUUGAUUAAAAAUUCGGUAGCAUUCAUAAUAUGACUAUUAUAGGUAAGGUUUUAAUGUAAGUUUAUCAAGCAAGCAAUACUUAAUUUAAGCCUGAAAAUAUAUAUUUUAUUGCGUUUGAUGUGAUUUGUUGUAACUUAGGCUAUUAAUUAAAUAUUGUUUUUUUUUAUUGAUAGUAUGAGUCGCAUCUAAAACAGCAUAACUCAAGUAACUUUACUGAUUGUUCGAUGAUUUAAUGACUACAAUGUUCAUUGCUCUUAAAAAUAAGGCUCUGUUAUUUCCUAAGGCGCGAGUUGUAGAUGGCGCCUGCGCAAACGAGUAACAUCAGUCUGCGCUGAAAAACCGCGUGUUUGAGAAGGAGCUCUAUCUGACAGUCACUAAAGUCGAAUAUAAU